UUGCAUGUGUCACGACAAGUUUCAGAAAAAUAUUUCAAGUUUCAAAAAACAGUAAAAUUUCGUAACAAAAUAUGCCGCAAAGUGUAUUUGGUGCUUGCUCAGUUUGUUAGCAACGGUCGGAUGAAAGUUAUACGAGCGAAAACAGUGAUUUUGUGGAGUUUUUGCUAGUUAGCUCUGUUCAGUGGUGCUGAUCGUUGAAUCGGCUCUACCUAACUAUCGAUCAAAAAUUUUCUUUCGAGAGUAGGUACAAGUGGUAUCGAAGCAGCAAGCAAUUUUGAAAAUACGGAUAAGCAUUUUUAUGAUAAUUAUUUGUUCUAAAGACUUACACAAAUCUUUAUAAAAAUGAUGUUUACGGGCACCAAUCAGCAGCAGGAUACUCGCUUUAGUGAUAAGGAGAAAAAACUGUUGAAACAGAUGAAAUUCGGAGAUAAUUUAAAUAAACGGGUGGACAUGUCCAAGGUAAAACUGGAUGUGCUUCGUCCUUGGAUUAGCAAGAAAAUAACCGAUAUGCUGAAUAUCGAGGAUGAUGUAAUUGUCGAAUUCGUCUAUAAUCAACUAGAGGAGGAAAAGUAUCCAUGCCCAAAGAAGAUGCAGAUUAAUAUGACUGGUUUUCUAAAUGGAAAGAAUGCACGCGUUUUUAUGGAGGACUUGUGGGCGCUUUUACUUUCGGCGCAAGAUUCUGAUACUGGCAUUCCUGCCGAGUUCAUAGAACAGAAAAAGGAUGAAAUUAUGAAGAGGGAAGAGGAUUCCAAAAUGCUUGAGGAGAUUAAAUCGCGGAGAUCGCGCAGCCGUGGGGGAAGUCGCGAUAGGGAUGAUCACAGGAAAUCUAAAAAAGAAAUUCGGCCAAUGUAUAAGCCUGAACCAGAGGAGUAUCUUGACGAUGAAGAAAAAAUGAUUGAAGACUUUAUCGAAGCUGAUGUUCCCCUUUCAAAGGAUAAAGAGCAAAAGAAAACGAUAGAAGAAGUCAAACCACCUUCGGUUACAAAAGACGUUUUAUUGGAGAAGAAUUCAAAAAAAUCCCCUGAAAAAAAUAAAGAAACACAAAAUAAGUCAAACGAAAAUAGUGCCGAAAAAUCGCGCAGAAAGUCUCGCGAUCGCUCGCGUUCUCGUGAUAGACGUCGGUCUCGCGACAGACGUAGUUCUAAAGAUCGAAAGUCUUCUCGCGAUAGGAAAUCAUCUCGCGAUCGAAAAUCAUCUCGUGACCGAAAAUCGUCUCGGGAUCAGAAGUCGUCCCGAGACCGUAAGUCGUCUCGAGAUCGCAAGUCAUCCAGAGAGCGCAAGUCGUCUAAAGAGCGCAAAACAUCUCGGGAACGUAAGUCCUCACGAGAUCGACGUCGAUCUAAAUCCCCGCGUCGGUCUCCUGAUAGGCCCAAAAAGCGCAGCCGUUCGCCGAAGGAUAAACGUGAUCGUAAUGAGCGUCCCAAGCGGUCGCCAAGUCCUCGUGUCAAGAAAAACGAGUCCCGAGAUGCUCAAGCUGACAACGGUCCAAUGUCGAAGUUGCAGUCAAAGUUAAUGAAUUUUGCAGAGGGUAAAAAAAUAUCGCCAGCCAUCAAGCGUCGCAGCCAUAGCCGGUCAACUUCACGUUCCAGGUCAAAGACACGUUCGGUUAGCCGCAAGAAGAGCCUCAGUCGGUCUCGGUCCAGAUCCAGGUCCAAAUCGAAGACCAGAGUUCGCAAAGGAGGCCGUAAAUCCCGUUCACGCUCGAAGCGUUCACGGAGCUCCGUUUCGUCGCGUUCAUCUUCUAGCAGCCGCAGUGGAGAUCGCAGAAAACAAUCCAGUGCGAAAAAGCCUCGCAAUGGUAAGAGUCGCAGCAGGAGCCGAAGCCGUAGUCACAGCCGCAGUCGCAGUCGCAGUCGUAGCCGUAGCCGCAGGGAUACAUCACGUUCCAGAAGUCGCUCACGCAGUAGCCGCUCCUCGUCACGUCCGACUAAAAAGGAUGACUUCGAAAUCCAGAAGAAAGAGAACAGCGUGCAGAAGAAGCGUCACUAUCGUUCAAAUAAGGACUCAUCGGAUUCGGAAUCGGAUCGAGGAAAUCGGGGCACGGCCAGAAAAGGUGUUGAUCGGGGUGGACGCGAUCGUCGUUCUCCCAGAGGUCGCAAGGACCGUUCGCGUUCCAGAAACCGUUCUAAAUCCAGGAAUCGGUCCCGUUCACGUUCCCGAAAUCGAUCCCGCUCACCGAAACGAUGGUCACGAUCGCCUAGAGGACGAAACAAUCGCGAUAAACCUCCUGCAGGCGGUCGUGGCGGUGGACCCGGUCGUGGUGGCGGUGGUAACGAUGGCGGUAGAGCAGGUGACGGAGGAAGAGGUAACAGCAGCAUCUCUAGUCGUCGCAACUCUUCACCGAAACGUGGCAGCGGUGGUGGCGGUGGUGGUAGAGGUAGCGGAGGAGACCGCAAUAGCGGUAGCUACUCAGCAUCGCAGCGCCGAACCGAUAGCCCAACUCGCGAGUUUAAUAACUAUAACAGACGUCCGUCACGUGACCAGCCAGGCUCCAACCAAUGGCGUCGUUCGGACGAACAACUAUCAUCCGGGCGUCCUCCGAUGGGACCACCUGCCUCUAGAUUUGACGAUAGACGAGGUAAUAAUAUGCAAGGCAGAGAAAAUAGCCGAGAACAACAUGGUGAUGGUAGACGCAAACCUAUGGACGCACGAAACUCUUGGAACGAUGACAGGAAAAACAGCGUAGCAAAGUCAGGUGACACCCUAGAUUCGGGAGAGCUCUGGGACGACGGUGACAGUGCUCCGAUAAUAGUCGAUAUUAAGGCUAAUAGAGAGAAAAAGCGUGAAGUGGACCCCGAAGAACCUAAAAAAGCAUCGAAAAAGCCGGAAAUCGUCAAAAAACAAGAACCGGCAAAGAAGGAAGUUAUCAAGGUCGAAGAAAAGAAACCUAUUAUAAGAUCGAGAUACAGCAGCAGUUUAUCUAGAACUCCCUCGCCGUUCCUGAAAUCACACGAACGAGCCGCGGCAGCUUCUUCAGCUGUAGCGACAGCAGCCUCAACUGCUUCAAACAAUUCGUCGCAACCCACCAGCAAUGCGGUUUCACAAAAAGAGGAGAAAUCGACCUCAAAAUCUAGCCUAGUAUCAGCAUCUAGCGGUAAAGCCAAAACUAAGGUUGCUGUCGCUCACAAUAAAAAGGAAACCAGUGAAAGUGACAGCACCGGAAGCAGCAGUGAAUCCGAGGAGGAGGAACGAUCUCGUAAAAAGAAAUUAAAGAAGAGACCUUCAAAGAAACGAAGACGUUCAUCGUCCUCCAGCGAAGAAGACUCGUCUGAUGAAAGUGACCGCGAAGAGGAACCAGUAAAGAAACCGUCAAAACAAGACGCUGCUGUGGUACAUGCGGAAGAACGUAAGAAAAGCAAUGUCUCCAAACAGCAAAAAGAAAAAGAAGCACCAGUUGUUGCUGUAGCGUCUGCGCCAGUUGUUCAAACGACCGUGUUGACCGCCCCCAAGGCACGAGAGGAUAAUCCUAAGAAACGUAAACGGACCGUAAGUUUGGAAUCAAAGCAUGUUGAUGAAAAGAAGGUUGCAACCAAAGAAAUCAAGCAGAAAAAGGUAGAAAAAGUAUCUUCUUCCUCAUCUAGUGAUUCCGAAGCGGAACGUUUGAAGAGAAAGCGUCGCAAGGAAAAGAAAAGGAAAAACGUUUCCGACGGAAGUUCUUCUGACUCGGAGGAAACUAAGAAGAAAAGACACAAGAGACAUAAGAAACAUACAAAGAAGCAUAAGAAACAUAAGAAGCAUAAGAAAAGCAAGGGCAAACAACGGGACAGUAGUUCCUCGUCGGAUGACGAAGAAAAUGUUCGUGGUUCGGGAGGAGUCGCGAUAAAUGAUGACUUGGAGAAGCAGCUGCGCGAACGUGCACUCAAGUCGAUGAAGAAACAGCAGAGUAUCUCCGACUGAGAUAGGUACAGACGAAACUUCCGUUCAAAUUGCUGACUGUAAAAUCAUUUACAGAUUACACAAAAAUGUCCGAUCAGAACGUUUCAACUAAUUACGAACUAUUCGAUUGUAAAGUAAUGUGGAACAAUAUAAAACACAUAAUUAUCCAAUAAAAUAUUCUACUAAUUAGCAAGGCUACUUGAAACCUACUUUUUCAGUAAUGAUACAAAAAAUGUAGCGUUUAUGGGAUGAUACAAAUUUGAGGACUGGAUUUGAGUUCAGCCUACCAUUAUGUUCGUAGUUCCUUCGGUAAAUUUCAUUAGAAUUAGGAUCAACAAUAAAAUGCUUUUCAUUUUGAUUUCAAAGCAGCACAACAUGUCAUAACAUAAAAAUAAUCGUCAAUAUUACAAAUUAUUCAAAUAACUUUGUAUCUCAGAAUGCAGAAAAAUUAGAAAUGACAAAUUGAAAACAAAGAACCGAUUAAAGAACCGGCACCGAUCAAUGUCGGUGCCACGAAAUUCUGCAUAUAUGUAUUUUAAGCUAUGUCAACCCACACAUAUGAAACCGUGUUUUUGCUGUUUCGGUUUACAUUCGUGUUCGCUUUGAAGAUAUUUUUGAUGGUUUUUAGUUUAACAACACCUCAUCACUUACGUUGAUAUUUCAGCAGAAAAAACUGCACAUUUUGGUAGUUUUUUUUUAUUGGAGACAACUGUUCACCAAAUGCGCUUUGAAAGCAAUUAGCAGUUUACCAAUUUCCAGCUCUCACUAAAAUCUGUAUGGUAUAACUCUAAUGG